CUCCUGAGUCUACCCGGAGUAGUGACGAAGUGCAAAUGUACCGACUUUUAUAUUCUGUUCUUGUUUUUAAAUUAUCAUGACGGCAACUUCCCGUAAUGAAAAAGUGAAAGAACACAAUGACGACGAAAAAAAAUGCCAUGUUCUAAGUAAAGAAAUAGUGUACGACGCGACGAUUCCGCGGAAUGACCCAAAAUUCCUGGCACCCGUCCGACGGUGGGAGAAGAGGAUGGGGUUCGUGACGGCCAUAUUGUGGGACCACGUGUUUUACCUGGCCUCACUCCACGCCGCAGGACUGAUAUGGCCGUUCCUCUGUUGGAACAUAAUAUCUUGGAAGUUAAUUUUAUUCUCGUUUUUCAUGGGCGGCGUGGGCGGUUUCGGCGUGACGGCGGGCGCGCACCGCUACUGGACGCACCGCUCCUACAAGGCCACCCUGCCCUUCCAGAUCAUACUCAUGUACUGCUUCGCUUCAGCUGGACAGAACAAGGUAUUCGACUGGGUCCGCGACCACCGCGUGCACCACAAGCUGUCGGAGUCGGACGCGGACCCGCACGACGUCCGCCGCGGGUUCUUUUUUUCCCACAUCGGCUGGCUGAUGAUGAAGAAGCACCCGCGCGUCAUCGCUGAAGGCCGGAAGAUCUACAUGGACGAUAUCCACAACGAUACACUCGUGCAGAUUUGUACCAGACACUUCACUCUCAUCCAGCUGAUCUGCUGCAUCAUCAUCCCGACGGUGGUGCCAGUAGCGUGGUGGGGUGAGGGGUGGCUGCUGAGCUUCCUCGCUAACAUCACGCGGUAUACCCUCAACCUCAACUUCACGUGGGCCGUCAACAGCUUCGCGCACCUGUGGGGCAACAAACCCUAUGAUCCCAACAUAAUGCCGGUAGAAAACUGGGGUGUAUCCCUCGUGGCGAUGGGGGAGGGCUGGCACAACUACCACCACACCUUCCCCUGGGACUACAAGGCCGCGGAGCUCAGCUACUUCCUCAACUUCACGACUCUGACCCUGGAUGCCUUCGCGGCUGUCGGCUGGGUGUACGACAGGAAACAGGCCUCGCCCGCUCUCAUACAGUCAGUUGUGGAACAGACGAAGCAGAACGGGAAUUGAUAGAUUGAAAGAUUUGUGUAUUAGGUUCAAUUCAGACCGCAACGCAACGCGUAGAUGCAUUUCUAAAGUACUUCG